GGUGUUCGACGAAAUGUCGCCACAGAGAUGACAUUCCGUGGGAUCCCGGAUCCGCUCUCGGGCCGGGCAGCGUGUAGAGGGGGCUCAACAUCUUCCUUUUGAGUGUUUCGGAAGUGACGCAUGAGCUUGGAUGAUCUCAGAACGGGAGCGUUCGUGGAUGGGUUACAAGAAGCGGGAGAUGGAGUUUGCCGUUGUCUCGUAGAAGUCAGUCCCCGAUCUCUAGCAAUGAGUGGCGUCCUUGCUUGAACAACGAAUCUUUUCCAAAUAACGAGCGAGGAGGAUACUAGAGGUUAGAGGAGUCCAUACCAAAGCAACCGGGACCGGUCUGGGCCAGGACGGCCGAGUGCGCGCCGGUCUCUUCUAUGUUUAGAUGUCGUCAGGAAGCUGUUCGACGAAAGUCGCCACAGAUGAUGCGUGGGCUUUGAUGAUCUACUAAGGAGAAAGAGCGUCCGUGGAUGGGUUACAAGAAGCGCCGGGAUCGAAUUUCACGUUGUCUUGCGGAACUCAGUACUCGUUUUCUAUGCAAAAAGUGACGCCUUUGCAUGCAACAAUAAUCUCUUGCAAAUGACGAGCGUGAUGGAUUCUUUCUCAUGGCCUGUGCACGUACUGGAUUCAGGGAACCAUCUCCAUUGCCAAAGACCAAGAACCGCGUCCGAAGGCCAGAUAUUUCAGGGAACCAGGCCAGUUGAGUUUGUGUUCCAUCAUAGCAUGUUCCUGGACCAGGGGGUUUGCAUCUCCAUGCUAUAAGACACAAACAGACAGACAGACACUAGAAGGAAGUCUUACCAUGUAUCUGCAUGACUCUGAAUUCUGUUGUCCUUUACCUCAAAGCCUGCACAAUCAUCCAGAGAAAGAAGACUCCUGUUGUUGUUAUCCAAAGUAACUCUUGGAAGGCAAGACCCAUCAGAGGACAACUCCACAAAGGCUUAAGCUCAUAUCCUGCAGCUUACAUGAGGGCUAAAGGAACUGCAGAAACUUGCUGGGCUACCUGGAAAGCAGCAAUGUGGGAAGAAAAGGAAGGCAAGAAUCUUCUUGGUAGGACAAGGAGGUAGAAGUCACAGUUGCUCACAGGAACUGUAGCUGUAGGUAUGUGUGACCCAACCAACCCAACUCAACUCAACCCCCUCUCUCUCUCUCUCUCUCUCUCUCUCUCUCUCUCUCCCCAUACUUGCUAACAGGGCCAACACCGUAUCCAAUAUAACCAAUCCACUUCAUGCCCAUGUCCUCCCCUCUCUUCCUCUUCCUCUCCUAGACCACACCAUACAUCUCUCUCUCUCUCUCUCUCUCUCCCCCCAUACUUGCUAACAGGGCCAACACCAUAUCCAAUAUAACCAAUCCACUUCAUGCCCAUGACCGCCUCUCUCUUCCUCUUCCCCUCCUAGACCACACCAUACACCUCUCUCUCUCUCUCUCUCCCCCUCGCAUUCAUGAGGCAAUGAGAGACCGGCGAAUGGAUAAGUUCGUCAUCCUUCCCUUCUCCGGCGGCUGUGUCUCACAGUCGAGCGUUGCAGUAUGCGAGAACCAACCGAAGAGAGCAGCACAGACUGAGGCAGCUCCGGCAACAAGUGGGAAGCCCAGGAGCUCGUCCGGCGUUCUUCCUUUUCGAAGGCCCUGCAUCUCUACAGGGUUCCAGAAACUAGUGAGGAGCAUCAAGAGCUUAUCCCAGCAUCUCGUGUUCUACAAGGAAGAGGAUGAAGAGGUGGAGAUGGAAAUUGGGUUCCCCACCGACGUGCAACACGUCGCUCACAUAGGGUGGGACGGAUUCAACGGCAUGAGCAGCAAGACAAGCUGGGACAAGCCGCCUGCACAGUUCCUUACCCUCCCUCCCUUCUCGCUGAAGCAGUUUGAGCUGGCCAUGACCGCACAAGCCGGCGCCCCUCCUCCUCCUCCUCCAUCCCAUGGUCCCGGUGGGUCUUGGCCGCAGUGAGGCGGUGCGAUGCUUGCUUUGUUCGUUCCCUUGGCUCGUUGUGUUUGUUGCAGUGUGUUGCUUCUGCUGAUAGAAAGCGGGCACGUGAACUUGCGUAGCUUGCUGUCAUACGAGGACGACCUCUUGCCGAUCAGAUCAUCAUAAUAGUGCAAUGAGAGAGACGACCACCCGACUGGUGACCCCCAUCUUGUAGUUCACAUGAUUUGGGCAGCCAUCAAUUACUUUCAUAUCGUGCCGUAUGCGUGUACAUAUAAUGUUAAGAUUAAAGUUGAAGCAAGAGGAGGAGACGUGGUCUUGUUUGGAUGUGUGACA